AUGAGUGAAGGUGAAUAUCAAUUAAAAGUACUAAUCCCAAGUCAAUUAGACCAAUUUUUGUCUGAAGGUUAUCUAGUUGUUGAAAAUGUUAUAUCAUUGAGCACUAUUGAUGACUUAUUCGAUGAAAUGAAUCGACAGGUAUUGGAUAAAAUAGCUGAAGAUUUAGUGAAACAAAAUUUAAUCGAUCAAACAUACUCACAUCUGCCUUUAUGUGAUCGAAUUCAAUUAAUAUGUCGAAUAAGUAAACGUACGUAUCCACAAUAUUUCGAUUUUAGUCUACCACAAUCAGAUAUUAUGAAUGAUACACCAUUAUAUUUGGGAGACAAAUUAUUCAAUGUAAUGAGAAACAAAAAUUUGAUCGAUGUUGUUAGUGAUAUUCUAGGAACUAAUGAAAUUUCAAGUAAUCCUGUUCAACAUAUGAGAAUGAAACUACCCCAAAAUAUAACAAAUACAAUUGCUGCCAAUUUUAGUGGUAUGGUCAACGCUGUCCCUUGGCAUCAAGAUAAUGGAGUCAUAUUACCGGAAGCUGAUAAUAGUAAUAUUUUAACAUGCUGGUUAGCUUUGACUGAUGUUACGCUAAAUUCGGGAUGUAUGCAAGUUAUACCUAAAUCUCAUCGUACCAAUGAUGGUAUAAUUCAGCAUUGCCCUACUCGCGAAGGAUUAGCCAUUAGUGGUCAUCUUAUUGAUUCUUUAGCUUCUUCAGACUGUCAGCUUUUGAAACCUUUACCGUUACCGAUGACAGCUGGAUCUGUGUUACUAAUGAAUCAACGAACAGUUCAUUCAAGUUUAGAAAAUACGACAGAAAAUAGAGUAAGAAUUUCUAUGGAUUUAAGAUAUCAGAAGACUGGCACGAAUAGUGGUAGACCAUUAUUCGAGACUGCGGGUUUUGUUGUACGUAGUGAAUUGAAUCAAAGAUUAGAAUUAUGUAAUUCAACAAUAUGGGCACAAAACUGGUUAGAAUUAAGAGAAAAAUUAGCGAAUGAACGUUUACAAACAAAACAGUUUAAUCGGUGGGAUAUUAAUGCAUUGGGAUGUGCGUAG